AUGAACAAGCAAAGCCUCCUCAACGCACUCAUUGGCGUCCUCAAUUCGACCUCCGUUCUUCGCACGGGGGUUCAAGAGCCCAAUACUACUGACAGCACGAGUCUCAAUGCGACGCCGACCAACGGGACACUGAGUACCGGCGGGAUGUCAAAUUGCACUCAGGCCUGUGCGCUAGGCGGCCUGGUUUGUGUAGUGGCCCUCCCUAGUGAAGCGAACUUCUGUGGUAGUACCAAUCAGCAUGUCCAUUCCACCCUCAUGGCUCCGUUCCCAAGAGGAGCAGAGGGAGGGGUUGUUGCAAAUGGAAGGAUCACUGCACUGAAACCAGGGAGUAAGAAGAGUGAAGCUGAGCACGAGCCCCAAAGCGAUAGGAGAGUUGGCUCUGGCCAGCCCAAGUCUCGUGCCCCCCUUCCCGUGAUCCCCUACGACCCCUGCCCAAUCAGAGAGGGAAAUGGUACCGCGUGGGCUCUCCAAGCACGCGACACCAGUCCCAGAGGUCAACCUAAAGCAACAGCUUCCCUCGAUCCCCAAUUCCCAGUCCCGUCGAUCAUCCAGCUGCUGGUCGUUCUAUCGCCGCAAUCCCACUCCCUUCAAACGUCCUCUGCCCUUUUCUGCACCCAAAUAUCCUUUCCGGCUCUUUCCCGUUGCUCUCCACCAUGCCGGUGCCUUUCCUUGGAUCCGUUCAUCCAAUUUAUUCGUGCUCUGAUCCUUCGGGGUAAUCUCUCCCAUGUACCUUUUGAGGAGAUAAACCCUCCCUGCUCGCUCUUAUCUACCCCUUUGCCUGCUGAUUCCUCGUCUUACCUACCUGUUCGUCCUUCACGCACUGCAUUGUUCACUCCACGUCUCUUUAUCACUCAGACGAGACCCCCGGUCCUGUCCUACAUAGUCCUACUAUAG